AUGAGAUUUUUACCGUUUUUGGGCUUUUUCGAGCUCUCUCGAGCUUGCUGGCCGAUUGAUUUGAACGGAGAUACUCACAUUGGAGAGCAUGGAUGUUAUGAUGCGCCAGUUGUCAUUCAUGAUCCUCAUUCACCCGCGCCCAAGGAUCUUUUAGAAUUUUGCUUCGUCAAAUGCAAAGAAAAACAUGAUGAACUUGGACAUUGGACUCAUGCUUACGUUGCUUUUAUGCCUGAAAAAGACUGUCUCGUUGAUUGUAUUUGCAUCAAAGAAGAAUCUCAGCGAAUUUGGGCUCUGACUCUCAGCAUUUUCGGCGGAAUCUGUGUUUGCGCAAAAUUCUUGAUGUACUUUGGCUACAAAACCCAAAAAGCCCUGAAACCACCUCCCCGCGAAUCCUACGACGCUUACACCAAUCCGUCCUUUGAAGCCGCCCUGCUGCGCGAAAUAAAAAUGGAGCAAGAAAGAAAAAUCGCCGAGCGAAAUGAAGAAAUUUCACAAAUUUCCAAAAAACUUCUUGCCCGUCGCGUUUCUGUCUCGCAGCCUCCAGUAUUUCCUAUUUCGAUUUCGAGAAAAAUGGAGGCGUUGGACGAAGUUUCCGAGGAGGAUUUUGAAGGUCUUUCUGAAAGUGAAGAAAUUGCUGAGAAAACAAAAUUUUGA